ACGGAAGGCGGAGAGGGGUUCGUGGUGAAGGUGCGGGGCUUGCCCUGGUCCUGCUCGGCCGACGAGGUGCAGCGGUUCUUCUCCGAGGACUCCCAGGCUGGGAUCGACGGAGGUUCCUCCCAUCUUUGAGAACGUUGCCGAAUAAAAUAGUUUGUUGAGGGUAGUACUUGGCAGCAGGCCGCGAGAAGUUAAAAUGUCACUUCCCUUUCAGCUUUCAAAAUCAAGCUUCGGUAAUUGAAUUUCUGUUCAUUGAGUUCUUGAUCUGGCACAUUUGAGGACACAGAAAUAAGGCCUUUCUCACCUGUUUUUUUUCUUUCUUUCUUUUUCUUUCUAUCGUGUAAGUUCCUUGAGUAACUGAAACCGGAGUUUUCUUGUCCCAUUACUAGUGUAGGAGUAGACAGAAGAAAAUUGUAUUUUGAAAAUUACAGGUUAGAGGAAAGGCACUUGUGUUAGACUCUGAAUUAGCUACAGUAACGGAAGACCUGUAAUAAAAGAACUAAGUACACGAAGCCACUUUUGCAGGGGGCAAGACUGGGUUUGGCUUGAACUGUGCAACUUGGAGCGCUUUAGCUUGGUAACACUGAUCCCCUCUAAGGUGAGUAUUAAGUCUGCGGUUUGUAUUCGGAGAGGUGCUGUAAUAUGGCUCCUGGUAAGGCAAAAUUACCCAGAUCAAAACUGUUAAAAGUACUGUAAAAUCAUGAGAUCUAGAGGUGGUUUUACCCCAAGAUGCUAGGGAAAAGCAUUUAUGCUGGGUAUGUGGGCAUAAGCUUGUAAGCCUAGCGCACAAGAGGCUGAGGCAGGAGUACCCUUCACAAGUUAAGGCCAGUGUGGAUGCAGAGUGCAGGCUUAAAAAGAUUCAAUGGAAACUUGAGUAGCAGUACUGAGACACGCCUCAUUAAAGAGCUUUAAAUACUGGGUUUUCUGGGGCAGUGUGCCAAAUAAGAUUGGUGGUGAGAACAGAGAUGCUAAGAACUGGUAGUAUAUUGGUCGUUUUAGUUUUACAAAUGACAUAUAUUUUAUUAGCAAUGUUUUGUGCAGUAUUGUUUUUUGAGAUAGGGUCUCUAGUUGAAGCUGGCCUUGAACUCACUAGCCCAAAGCCUCAGCCUCCCAAGUGCUGGAUUAAGCACGCAUCACCAUGUCCAGUAAAAGUACUCACACUUGUGUUACCCAGAGAUGGUUUUAGGUUUCAUUGUGGGUUUUUUUGAUACUGGGAAUUGAACUCAGAAACCUGCUGCUGCCAGGCAGGUGCUUUUGCCAUUGAGUUAUCUCCCCAGUGGUUUUAGGUUUUAAAUUCUGUAUUAACGGUUGUUUUCUUUCCAGACUGCAAAAUUCAAAAUGGGGCUCAAGGUAUUCGUUUCAUCUACACCAGAGAAGGCAGACCGAGUGGCGAGGCUUUUGUUGAACUUGAAUCAGAAGAUGAAGUCAAAUUGGCCCUGAAAAAAGACAGAGAAACUAUGGGACACAGAUAUGUUGAAGUAUUCAAGUCAAACAACGUUGAAAUGGAUUGGGUGUUGAAGCAUACUGGUCCAAAUAGUCCUGACACGGCCAAUGAUGGCUUUGUACGGCUUAGAGGACUCCCCUUUGGAUGUAGCAAGGAAGAAAUUGUUCAGUUUUUCUCAGGGUUGGAAAUCGUGCCAAAUGGGAUAACAUUGCCGGUGGACUUCCAGGGGAGGAGUACGGGGGAGGCCUUCGUGCAGUUUGCUUCACAGGAAAUAGCUGAAAAGGCUCUAAAGAAACACAAGGAAAGAAUAGGGCACAGGUAUAUUGAGAUCUUUAAGAGCAGUCGGGCUGAAGUUAGAACUCACUAUGAUCCACCACGAAAGCUUAUGGCCAUGCAGCGGCCAGGUCCCUAUGACAGACCUGGGGCUGGCAGAGGGUAUAACAGCAUUGGCAGAGGCGCUGGCUUUGAGAGGAUGAGGCGUGGUGCUUACGGCGGAGGCUAUGGAGGCUAUGAUGAUUAUAACGGCUAUAAUGAUGGCUAUGGAUUUGGGUCAGAUAGAUUUGGAAGAGACCUCAAUUACUGUUUUUCAGGAAUGUCUGAUCACAGAUAUGGGGAUGGUGGAUCUACUUUCCAGAGCACAACGGGACAUUGUGUACACAUGAGAGGAUUACCUUACCGAGCUACUGAGAAUGAUAUUUAUAAUUUUUUUUCGCCACUCAACCCUGUGAGAGUACACAUUGAGAUUGGUCCUGAUGGGAGAGUAACUGGUGAAGCAGAUGUUGAAUUUGCAACUCAUGAAGAUGCUGUUGCAGCUAUGUCAAAAGACAAAGCAAAUAUGCAACACAGAUAUGUAGAACUCUUCUUGAAUUCUACAGCAGGAGCAAGCGGUGGUGCUUACGAACACAGAUAUGUAGAACUCUUCUUGAAUUCUACAGCAGGAGCAAGCGGUGGUGCUUAUGGUAGCCAAAUGAUGGGAGGCAUGGGCUUGUCAAACCAGUCCAGUUACGGUGGCCCAGCCAGCCAGCAGCUGAGUGGUGGCUACGGAGGUGGCUAUGGUGGCCAGAGCAGCAUGAGUGGAUACGGUAGCCAAGGAGCAGUGAACAGCAGCUACUACAGUAGUGGAAGCCGUGCAUCUGUGGGUGUGAAUGGCAUGGGAGGGGUGUCGGGCAUGUCCACUGUGAGUGGUGGCUGGGCACUGUAACUGGCCCUGGUCACUGACUCUUGGCCAACUUUUUUUAAAAGAAA